AAAGACAAAACGGAGGAGCAGAAGAUAAGCAAAUUGAUAAAACGUCGCCGCAUUUUUACCAAUAUUGCUUUCUAAUCUAAGAAGUCAGUAGUAACUCACUGCUUCCAUUCAGCUAUUCUUCCUCAGACAAAGAGAUCAGAAAAAAGCAAAUGGAGAAGAUGGUGUUACUCAGAUCCAUAUGCCGCGCAGCCUGUUUCAGGACUUCAUGUUGCGCCGCCGUUACCCACCGCCUGGCUUCUCGAUCUCUCUUUACCCUUUCUUCACAUUCUGUUGCUGCCCCUUCUAAUCGCAUCCUUUCUGACCUCACAGAUUUCAGAUCUUCUUUCACAAUGGGAAUUGGAAGCAGACGGUUUUUUAGUGAGGAUGUAACUCACAUGCCAGUCAUACAAGAUCCUGAAAUUCAAAAUGUUUUCAAGGACUUAAUGGCUGCAAGUUGGGACGAGCUUCCCGAUACUCUCAUCCAUGAUGUGAAGAAUGCGUUGUCUAAGAACACUGAUGAUAAAGCUGGUCAAGAAAUUGUGAAGAAUGUUUUCGCUGCGGCUGAAGCAGUUAGUGAAUUUGGUGGCAUGCUCGUUUCUAUGAAAAUGGAACUUGAUGACAGUAUUGGAUUGAGUGGCGAGGAUGUAAAGCCCUUAUCAGGUGAUUUUGCCAAUGCUCUUCGUGCUGUUUAUCAGCGGUAUUCUGCCUAUUUGGAUGCCUUUGGACCUGAUGAAGGUUAUUUGCGGAAGAAAGUGGAGACAGAGUUGGGAUCAAAGAUGAUACACCUGAAGAUGAGAUGCAGUGGGCUUGGUUCAGAGUGGGGGAAGGUUACUGUUCUUGGCACUUCUGGACUUGCUGGUUCUUAUGUUGAGCAGAGAGCUUAAGGACACAUUUGAGGAAGGGUUUGAUGUAAUUGUGAAUUUUGGGAUCAUGUUUUUGAAUAGUUGGAGACAGUUUACAUGUCUUCUCUCUGGAAGAACCAUCUAAGUUGGACUUGAUGGCCGGUGAAUAAGAUCUUAUUAAUGUCCACAUUUAAAACCAUAUAUCUAAGUGGGAAUAAAUGCACCUGGUUGUCGGAUGAUCAUUUUGUAUGUUCAAGUGAAUCAAACUCUACAUAAAAAGAACAUUAUGGUUAUUGUUUUAACGAAACUGUUGUUUUUUCGAGAAUGGGAAGAAUUAUUUUAAUGAAAAGUCGGAGCUUUUUUUCUC